AGCCACAAGUCUUUCCGCACCAAGCAGAAGCUUGCGAAAGCGCAGAAGCAGAACCGCCCCAUCCCUCAGUGGAUUCGUCUCCGAACGAACAACACCAUCCGAUACAACGCUAAGCGACGACACUGGCGCAAGACCCGUAUCGGCCUAUAAACGACUCGCCCCUCCAUCUUCCCUCUCUUUUUCAAAAUCAGUUCAACUUCAACAAAAACGGCACGGGAAUGGAUAUUACGAACGGCGGGCGGAUCUAGGU